AUGGAAGUUGAAGGUCAAAACGUAGAAGAAGAUGAACUGAUGGAGGUAGUUUCUAUACAAUCCGAAGCUACUAUUUUACAAAAAGCUUCGGACGAAAUCCAAUCGCUUGUGCAAUUUAAUUCAUCGAACAAAGCAAAUAAGCAAUUUAAAAAAGGAUUCGAUGAAGAUUAUAAACAAAAUGUUGCUAAUAAUAUUUUAUUAAGGAAUAGGCUUCAGGAACAAAUUCGCACUGGAGAAAUUACACCUUUUCAAGCUGUAAAAAAAGAAACUAAUAGCAAACAAAUUCUUGGGAGAACAUUCACGGAAUCAACUCAACUUCUUGAUUUAGAAAAAUACCUUUUGCGACAAGCGGAGCUUACUAAACAAAAGAAACUAUUGAAAAAUAAUAAAGCUUUAACAAAACAGACGGAUGACAGUUUAGUUCCAGCAAAAAAAAUGAAAACAUCUAAUUCAAAAUCAUCUAAGAAACAGAAUACCGAUGCAAAAUUGUCAGAAAAUCAAGGUUUUAAGAAACUGGAAAGAAUCUCGUCUCGAUCACAAAAACUUGCAUCCACAAUUAUGGAUGUUUCUUAUGAAAUUUCUGAUAAAGAAGAAAAUAUAUAUAAUGUAGGAAAUAAUAAUUUAUUACAGACAGGAAAUUCUUUUGAAACGAAUGGAGACUUGGAUCACAAAGAAAUAGAUAAGGUCGAAGAAAUUUGCAAUGUCGAAAUUGACAAUGAUUCUGGGAGCGAAUAUAUUCCCAGCGAUGAGUAUGAUUCCGAGGUAGAAACUACACAAAAAUCUGGGCAAAAGAAAAAAAGAUUACAUUUAAAACAGAACGAUAAUCAUAUACAACGAGUUCUGGAUGAUGGCAAUGAGAAAAUAUAUAAGCAGAGGGUAGAAGGAAGUAGUUAUAACAAAAAUGAACCUCUGCAUAAGAUAGACCAUUUGUUCAAGGUUCCAAAGUGUAUAUGGAAGAAAUUGUAUAAAUAUCAAAAAGUAUCGGUGAAAUGGCUUUGGGAAUUACAUAGUCGAAAUUUAGGUGGCCUAUUAGGAGAUGAAAUGGGUCUGGGUAAAACAGUUCAAGUUAUUGCAUUUUUAGCUGGUUUAGAUUGCAGUGAAUUACUAUCUGAUGGUGGAAGAUUUAGAGGUUUGGGACCUACGCUUAUUAUUUGUCCAGCAACUUUAUUAGAGCAAUGGGUAAAGCAUUUUCACGAUUGGUGGCCUACUAUGCGUACUGUGAUUCUACAUCAGUCUGGAACUUUUCAUGGAGACACAGAAGAUUUGCUACAUAGCUUGAGAGCUGGUGGGAUUCUUGUAACUUCUUAUUCAGGAGUCUUAAUUCACAAGGAAUUGCUUUUAAGAUUUAAAUGGCAUUAUAUUAUUUUAGACGAAGGGCAUAAAAUCAGAAAUCCUGAAGCUAAAAUAAGCAAAAUUGUUAAAGGAUUUUUAACACCACAUCGUUUACUCCUAACGGGCAGUCCUAUGCAAAAUUCAUUGAAAGAGCUUUGGUCUCUCUUUGACUUUAUUUUGCCGGGAAAACUUGGUACGCUAUCUGCGUUUAUGGAACAUUGUUCGGGUCCCAUAACUAGAGGCGGAUAUUCAAAUGCCAGUCGUUUACAGGAAGCAACUGCUUUACAAGUUGCCACUAUGCUAAGAGAUGCUAUUACUCCAUACAUGCUUAGAAGGACAAAAUAUGACAUUCAACAUCACAUUAGUUUACCUGACAAAAAUGAGCAGGUAUUAUUUUGUUGUCUAACAGAUGAGCAGAGACAAUUGUAUAAACAAUUUUUACGAUCCGACGAAGUUUCAUUUGUUCUUCAUGAAAAACGUGAAGGUGGAAGAUAUAGAGCUAGACUUUUGGUCGCCCUAACAGCUUUGCGUAAAAUAUGUAAUCAUCCUGAUUUAUUUUUAUACAGUAAGGCCCAAAUGGAAUCUGAGGAAGAGACGGAAAUGGAAGUGGAUGAAAACGAGAUAAAUAAAUUUGGUCACUGGAAACGAGCUGGUAAAAUGACUGUCGUUCGCUCAUUAUUAAAAAUUUGGAAUAAGCAAAGUCAUCGAGUACUUUUGUUUACUCAAAGUAGACAGAUGAUGCAUAUUUUAGAGUGUUUAGUGCAAAAGGAAAAUUACACGUAUUUAAGAAUGGAUGGCACAACUCCAAUGAGUCAAAGACAAUUACUGAUUUCUAAAUUCAAUAAAGAUAAAUCAUUUUUUAUAUUCUUAUUGACAACGAGAGUCGGAGGUCUAGGAGUUAAUUUAACGGGAGCAAAUAGAGUAAUUAUCUACGAUCCCGACUGGAAUCCUGCAACUGAUGCUCAAGCGAGGGAACGAGCUUGGAGAAUUGGCCAGGAUAAGAGCGUAACUAUUUACAGAUUAAUUACUGCUGGGACAAUUGAAGAAAAGAUGUAUCAUAGACAAGUGUUUAAAAUUCUUCUUUCAAACAAAGUUCUUGAAGAUCCACGUCAAAGACGAUUAUUUAGAACGACUGAUUUAAGCGAGCUUUUCAAUUUGAACGAACCAAUCAACGGAAAAAGUGAGUCGGACGAGCUUUUUCCUAGUUCUAAAUUAUUACCCAAUAAGCUGAAUUUUACUUUGAGUAAAAUAGAAGCUAUGAGAAAACUUGCCUCGUCUCUUAGCAAAACAAUUGGUAAGAAUGCUACGAGGGAUCAAUCUACUAAUAAAUCUUGUAUAGAUAAUAAAUUUUCUUAUGUAAAUAAUGAAGUGUCGGAGACGGAAAUAUCCAAUUUAACGUAUCAAAAUAGCGAUUCUUUAAAAAGCAAUGAAAGCAUCUCAUCAGACUGUGUAAAUAAUUGCAAAAUCACCCAAGAAUUAGAUAGUUCAAUAAAGGAAAAAUCUAAAAGAGAGAGCGAAGAUAAAAAAUGUAUAAAGGAUAAUGUCAGUGAAGAAACUGACUGUUUAAAAAUUAAUCUAAAGGCAUUACAUAAUAAGCCUGUGAUUAUUGAGAAAGAUGAAAAGAUUGGCAUUGAGAACUUGAAUUUAAAGAAUAUUUACGAUAAUAUAUCAGAAGCAAUACAAGUCGAUCAACAUGAGUUAGAAGAGGGAGAAAUUCGUGAUAUACCAUCACGACCAAAUAUAACUAAUAUAAAAAAUGUUUCUAAGAAUCCUAGAAAAAUCAGUAGACAUGAUAAGGAUCAUAAGAGUAUCUCGAAACAUAAAAAACAUACAAAAGGUAAACAUGAGGGCGUAUCAGCUAUAUUUGAAGGAGAACGAGUAUCUUGCUUGAUUGGUCGGCGAUUUAGUAAACUAAAUGAAGUGAAUGCAACGGACAUUACCGAUGAUCAGUUUGUAUUAUCAAAGUUAUUCUGCAAAUCAGCCGUCAGUUCUGCAUUUCAACACGAAUCAGUAUUAUCUGCAACAGCAGCCGAUCCAGAACACGAAACUCUAUUACAAAGAGCAGCAAAAGAAACUGCCCAUGAAAAUAUGAAUUCGAUAAGGCAAUCGCGUAAAUGGUGUUGGAAACCUUCCUGGGAUAAGCCACCUACAGACGAUUACGAUGAUAAUAAAUAAUAUUGAUUUUACAUAUAUUUAUUUAUAUCCCCUAU